AUGGUCUGCCUUCUCCUGCGGGCUUCCAUCUUUGCGCGGUUCCCUUUGGAAAGCUUCAUAGAGCAUGGCGGCUUCAGCGAACGCGGAGUCUUUCUUCUCAACCUAGUCCUUCCAGCGCGCGCGUGCGCCAUCUUGGAGGCCGGAGCGAACCACCCGGCCGGCGUGCCCGUGAUUGGGAAGCUUUGCGUCCUGCAGUUCCGAGGGCUGCUGAGUGGUGUUGAGUCUUGCAGGGAGCGCGCGCACUUGGAUUUGGAGCUCACGUCACUCCGCAUCGCCCAAUCGCUGGCAGCGGCUCUCAGCGGCGCGUUCGCCUUCUGUCUCUUCUGGCUGUCUUACCUGCUUAGCGGAGGGGGCCCUCGGAGCACGAGAAAUAUGAAGAAAAGCGCGCUGACCGCGCGCGUGGUCCGCAUCUGGCACGCGGCCGCCUCCUCUGUGCUGAUGCCCUCGUUUAUCGCGCUGAUGUCCUACUAUCAGUCUGACGGGUACUUGUCCUGGCUCAGCGCCUGCUGUUAUGUAGGUCCAUCGUUUUUGGGCUUGUACUUCUGCAAUCUCUCAUCAGAACCCUUUCCUCCGAUCACAGCCCACAAGAUGGAGAAGGAAGCAGUCUGGCGCUUUCAUUGCGUUGCCGUAUUCACACUUCUUUGGCGGCUGGUCACACUGGUUUUUCUCUACCAAGACCCUUCCUUAGUGACUCAGAUCUUAGCGCUGCUACUGGCGAGAGCGGGCUCCGAGAUCCCAGAAGCAGCCCUGCUCUUUUUCUUGAUAGACCUGGUUGGACUCACGCUAUGUUUGAUCUACUUCGUGUUCUUUGAGGACGGGAUCAAGGUUGCUCUCUGCACGCUAGUUGGAGCGCUUAGCGUCCUAGGACCGGCACCGACGUUUGCGAUUUAUUGCGUGUAUCGAAGCGACAGGUUACGGAUUCGAUGGCGGGUCAAGAGUCGGAACGAGAGGCAGCGCACUGUGCUUGAAAGAAGAAAUCCUGCAAGAUCUAGGAGAGCAGCAACCCUGGCGCCUAAGCUCACCAAGAUCCUCCCAGCCAACAACGACAAUGGCUUGCGAGGUCUUUCCAGCCACCUCGUUUCUGAGAUAUGGGGUGCCGUUGAGGGCGGGGUGAACCAUCCAGUCGGCUAUAUAGUCCUCGGAGAGCUCUGCUUCCUGGUCCCCAUCUACGUGCUGCUUGGAAUGACUGAGUGCCUAAGAGUACGAACGCCCUGCAAAAGGAUGACUGGUUUUCUCAGCUGGGCAGCUCUCGUGGCGGUGCCCCUUCUUCAGCUCCUUCCAGCCUCUCUCAGCGCGAGCGCGUCCUUUGCUUUGGGCUGGUUGCCGUUCUACCUGCGCGCGCGCGCGCCCGACCGAAGCUCCUCUGGGACCCUGCUCGGUCGGUACCGCUGGGGUUUUAGCACGCUUUUUUCAUUUUACGUGCUUCACUUCAACCUGAUGGCUCUGUCAUUCGCGCAUAGGGCCGCUUGGGUAAUGCGGGGCUUUCAAAAAUUCUUUGACUGGAGCAACGGCCCUCUCAUUACUCUUUUUUGGAUAUUCGGCGUAGCGAGAAACUCGGGACCCACUCUAGCAAUUCUGACGCGGAAAAACUACCUGGUCGCAGCCGCCUUCAGCGCGCUUUGGCGCGCGCUCACUCUCGUGCUCCUGUACAAAGAUCCGACGCUUCCGUCUCAAGCCUGGUCUCAAGCGUUGAGGCUGCUGACGUCAGAGGGGUUCGCAGACACGUCAGAGGCAGCCGUGUGGUUCUCCAUGCUAGAUCUGAUUAGUUUCACUCUCCUGUUUGUGUACUUCGCCCUGCUAGAGGACGGGCCUCGGGUGGCGUUGCGCACCCUGGCCGGGGCGCUCCUUCUGGGGCCGGCACCCGCUUUUGCGCUGUACUGUGCAUACAGGGAGAAUGAGAUUGCAAAAGCGGUACGUGCGUCGGUCCGUAAAGAUGACCAAAUUGCGAAAGCAGCAUAA